ACUCAACCCGCCCCAGAGCACAGCUUCGCCGAGCCCACCUGGUCCCCAUCCCGGCCUUGGCAAUGACCCUGGCGGCUUCCUCCCAGCGUUCCCAAAUCAUUCGCUCCAAGUUCCGAUCUGUCCUCCAGCUUCGGAUCCACAGACGGAAUCAGGAGCAGAUCUCGGAUCCAGACCCGUGGAUCUCAGCCUCAGGCCCUCCUCUGGCCCCGGCCUUGCCCUCGGGCACGGCCCCUUUCCUCUUCAGCCCUGGGGUCCUGCUCCCCGAGCCAGAAUAUUGUCCUCCUUGGAGGUCCCCAAAGAAGGAGUCUCCCAAGAUCUCCCAGCGCUGGAGGGAGCCCAAGCCCAGGGGGAACUUGACAUACCACCAGUACAUGCCCCCAGAGCCGAGACAGGGAUCCAGGGCAGACCCCCAAACCGAGGGGUCCGCCCUGGGUCCUCCCGGGCCACCUCUGUGGGAAGGGACAGACUCGCAGCAGCCACAUCCUAGGAUGAAGCCCUCUGCCGUCACUCCCUGCCCACCAGGAGUCCCUAGCCCCUCGCCCCCUCCACACAAGUUGGAACUUCAGACCCUUAAACUGGAGGAGCUGACGGUCUCAGAGCUCCGGCAGCAGCUGCGCCUGCGGGGCCUCCCAGUGUCGGGGACCAAAUCCAUGCUCCUGGAGCGCAUGCGCGGCGGCGCCCCGCCCCGCGAGCGGCCGAAGCCGCGGCGCGAGGACAGUCCCGCGGGUGCUCCCUGGCCGCGCCUCAGGCCCAAGGCCCUGGCAGCCGCCCGGCGUCAGGGCUCGGUCAAGCCCAGCGCAGCAUCUCACAGGCCACCUCUUCCACGUGCCGCGGCUACCCCGGGGACGGCUCCGGCUCCGGCUCCCACUUCGGCUCCUGCUGCAGCUCCAGCCCUGAACCCUUCCUCAGCGCCGGGCUCAGCGGCUCUGACUCUGGAGGAGGAGCUGCAGGAAGCGAUCCGAAGGGCGCAGUUGCUUCCGAACCGGGGCAUCGAUGACAUCCUGGAGGAUCAGGUGGAGGCUGAUGACCCCCUGCCCCCCAUUCCCCUGGACUUCCCUGGCUCCUUCGACGUGCUGUCCCCUUCCCCGGACUCUGAAGGCCUCUCAUCUGUUUUCUCCUCUUCACUCCCAUCUCCCACGAACUCCUCCUCCCCUUCUCCCAGGGACCCCACGGACUCCCUGGACUGGCUGGAGGCCCUGAGCGGGGGUCCUCCUCUGGGUUCUGGUCCCCCACCCCCCAGCAUCUUCUCUGCUGACUUAUCUGACUCCAGCAGCAGCCGGCUGUGGGACCUGCUGGAGGAUCCGUGGUGAUGGAUUCUGGGAUUUACAGAGACAGAGAACUGGUGGGGGUGGAGAGAAGCUCUUUGGGGGAGGAGAGGGAACUACCAGCAGAGCCCCUCCUACCGCAGACACAGGAUGGGAGACAACCUCCAACCCCACCUGCCUCCUGAAGUGCUGCUGACAUGCAAUGCAACUGCCUGAACUUUGCCUACCUGACUUCCUUAUGAUCCCCCUCCGGGGUGGUAUGGCUGGGGGGCUUCUUUUGCUGCUGGCCACAGCAAACAAGCUGCUUGCUGCUUCCUUCAGAGACCUCAUGGAUGUUUUUACAUGCUCCCGACCCCAGUAGAUGGCUGCCUGUUGUUUGGGAAGCCUGGAAGGUGGUUAUGCCUUUUGAAUGCAGGAGAGGAGCAAGAAAGAGUGGAGAGGGAGAAUAGGGGAGCCAGACCCUGACCUCCCAGGGUUGUGGUUAGAGAUGAAAAAAUUAGAAGCAUCAGGUCUAAGAUCAGCUUCUCUUGGAAGCAGAGUCUGAGACAAGAUAUAAAUGCCAGUGAUUUAUUAAAGAAGCGUUCUGUCGGGCACGG